UACCGCUGAGAAGAGCAGAGCGCGGCUGUUGGAAUCUGGUGAGGCAGAGCCGCGAUGUUCCGUAUCGAAGGCCUCGCGCCGAAGCUGGACCCCGAGGAGAUGAAACGGAAGAUGCGCGAGGAUGUGAUCUCCUCCAUACGGAAUUUCCUUAUCUAUGUGGCCCUGCUGCGAGUCACUCCUUUUAUCUUAAAGAAAUUGGACAGCAUAUAAAGAUUGAACAUCAAAUGUGAAUGCAUGAUAUGAAGAACCUGGUUUCUACUCUGCAUAAUCUGCAAAUGAAUAGGCCCAGAAAGAUGUAAGAGACUCUUUGAAUGGACAUAAAACUUCUACUUGUUUAAGAGCAAGUUUGGUUGUGAAAACUGACCUUCAUAGCUAAAAUAGAAAACUAUUUGGGAAGUAUGAAAAGACAUUUUUUUAUGCCUGUGAUAUUCAGCUUCCAUGAAUGUUGGUGUAAUUGUAAAUAAUGUCAAACUCCAUUUUCUGGCAAGUAUUAAUUAUAUAAGGGAAUUACGUCUGUAGUGGCCCUGUCUUGUCAGUCAUUUCUGUUGACCUUUUUACUUUUGCCUGGAUUAUCUUUGUUGAAAAGAUCCUUAUGAUUAGUUAUGUUUUAUGGAAGCCAGCACACAACCACAAUGUUUAA